CCUGGGGCCAGCUCUCUCCAGCAGGCGCCGCCCCCAAGCAAGGCCCUCUCCGGGCAGUUCAUCCCUGCUUGCUCCUGUGGGUGUGGUUUCUGACAGAUGGCCUGGAGCUGCUUUGUCCCAGUCACCAGGAACCAGUCAUUUCUUCCCUGGCUCUGAGCUGAGAAGGUUCUUGGCAGGCUGUCCCACCAGCUUCUCGACAUGGUUCUCAAGGAGGGACUCAGGGUCUGGAAGAGAAUCUUCUUGCGGCUGAUCCUACUUGCAGUUGGCCUCUUAGGGCUGCUCCUGUACGGGCUCCCUCUAGUCAGGCAUCUGGAAGUCCUCAUCCCCAUGGGUGUCUGCCCUUUGGCCAGAAGGCCCCUGAGAGACAACUUCACGGGUCUCCUGCAUCCCUGGGCCCGGCCUGAAGUCCUGACCUGUACCUCCUGGGGGGCCCCCAUCAUUUGGGAUGGCACCUUCGACCCAGAUGUCGCCCAGCAAAAGGCUGCACAGCAGAACCUCACCAUUGGGCUGACUGUCUUUGCUGUAGGCAGGUACCUGGAGAAGUACCUGGAGCGCUUCCUGGAGACGGCCGAGCGGCACUUCAUGGUGGGCCAGCGCGUGGUGUACUACGUGUUCACCGAGCGCCCGGCCGCCGUGCCCCGCGUGCCGCUGGGCCCGGGGCGGCGGCUGCGCGUGGAGCGCGUGGCGCGCGAGCCGCGCUGGCAGGACGUGUCGAUGGGGCGCAUGCGCACGCUGCACGAGGCGCUGGGCGGGCGGCUGGGCCGCGAGGCGCGCUUCGUCUUCUGCAUGGACGUGGACCAGCACUUCAGCGGCGCCUUCGGGCCCGAGGCGCUGGCCGAGUCGGUGGCGCAGCUGCACGCCUGGCACUACCACUGGCCGCGGUGGCUGCUGCCCUUCGAGCGCGACGCGCGCUCGGCCGCCGCGCUGGCCCCCGGCGAGGGCGACUUCUACUACCACGCGGCGCUGUUCGGGGGCAGCGUGGCGGCGCUGCGCGCGCUGACGGCGCACUGCGCGCAGGGCCUGCGGCAGGACCGCGCGCGCGGCCUGGAGGCGCGCUGGCACGACGAGAGCCACCUCAACAAGUUCUUCUGGCUGCACAAGCCCGCCAAGGUGCUGUCGCCCGAGUUCUGCUGGAGUCCCGACAUCGGCCGGCGGGCCGAGAUCCGCCGCCCGCGCCUGCUCUGGGCGCCCAAGGAGUACGCGCUGGUGCGCGCCUAGCCAGGGCCCGGCCUCGCCUGCCCGCCUGCCAGGGCACCACCCCGCGAGGGUACGGAGUGCGCGGGAGAGGAAAGAGUGGGUCCUUCGUGGAAGCGCCGUGGCACUUCGGAGAGCAGGGAGCGAUUGGAUGAAAACAGCCCUCACCUCCCUCCUGCAUGGGCCCAGCCGUGGCAGUCGGAGGAGGUCCGGGCUUGGGCAACUUCUCACUGGAAGAGAAAGAUCCCCUUUCUCUUGCUCACAACAGCGACUGAGGCACCGCUGCCUAUAGACCUUUCACCUCUGACCUUACUGAAUUCAGCAAGUGCCUCCUGAAGAGGUGUUUUAGCCCCCCAUAUUCCCUCCCCCCCACUUUUUUGGUGAGACUAAAGCACAAAAAGGGAACAAAACUGCCUAAGGACACAGGAUCUACAGGCAGUCUUGGAGGUGCGCAGCUGGAGAGCCAGAACUGGCCCCCAGGCCAAAGAGAGCUACCUCUGGGCAUGAGUCACAGGGAGGAACCCAAGUGGAAUCCGGUUCCUUGGCUUUGCCCUUUCACCUCCGCCCCCAAACAUAAUUUGUACCUAAUUAAGUAAUAUUAUAAUAAAUUAUUCCAAAAGUGUCCUAUGAUCCUUUCUCCUGGAGAGUCCAAGUCCACAAAGAACACAUUUCUUUGUUGUGGGGCCCAUGUGGCUGUUUGGCCACUGUAUCUGGGAGCUAAAUUUCUUUAUCCGCAGCUGCUGUCUAGGCUCUUCAUCCUCAGUGGGAGAAACACAGGCUCCGAAUAGCGUAAAGUCAUCAGGUCCUCCAGGAAAGGUGGUCACAGAGCCAAAGAGACAGGGAAGGUAACCGCUGGAAGCCCCUGAGAUGCUGUCUGACAGGUGGGAAAACAGGCCCUGAGAGGGUAGAAUGUCACUCCAGGUCUCCUGAAUCCUUUAUGUCGUGUUCUCAUAGACCUUGCAUUUUUAACAGCCUCCACUGUUCCCAGGUAGGACAGCAAUUCCAGCUAUAAACCAACCCUGAUGGUUUUAAGGAUCUCGUAAUUUUUACAAGCAGUUUCCAGUUAUUAAUGAUGUUGUCACAGACUAGUGCCCCGAGGAACUCAAGGGUGGGUUUGGAAGCAUUUAACUGGUUUUCCAAGUUGUUUUUUUAUGUUAGGGAGAGACAACCAACAAUGACCCUGAAACUAACCAAGCCUCCCUACAAGAGCCACGACCAUGACCUUGCCUUAUUUUUAAUAGGAAGAUCUCUGCAAGAGGAGAUUAAGCCUCAUUACCAUAAUCUGCAGUGUCCCCGCCUCUCUCUUUUGAAUAUUCAUUCCCCAUCCGAAAUAAAAGUUCCUGCUUCCCUUUGUUCGGGAACACCAUGACUUUGGAAAUGAUUCCUCAUGGCCUCCUAUUUGCUGCAAAUACACUUUACUUUGUGAGACAACUUCCACUGGUGUAGAAUCUUAUUUAACUCACCAGGAGGGCC